ACAUACAUCUUAUUACCGUGAGGAGAGGCAUGGAACAUUGGGGAUAAGAAGACCCCACCGUCCAUCCAGUCGCCCUGUUUCCUUCAAGCCAUGGUAGGGAGAGUAUCAAUCAGUCCAGGAAUAGCAACCUAAUCAAUAUACGAUAAGAUAAAGGUCAUAAAAUCUGACUAAUCCCAAAAAACUUUAAGGAUCAGCUUCUUCCUUUUCGAUUUAUUUAUCGACCCAUCAUUUACAAAUACUUGGCCAUUCCUGUAACAAUAAUGCGUGGACUUUGCUUUAUUCUCGUCAACCUCUUCGUCGUCGUGUCCCUUUUUUCCAGCCCUUCUUCUUCCGCUCCGACGGCAUCUAUCCCCUCCUUGACACCCCUGAAACAAAGAAGUCCGCCUUCCUCCUACAACAUCUUUGAAGGGGCCGACCCUGCCCUCAACUCGGUUUAUGGGGAUUCUCCCAAACGAGAAAGUGACCCUUAUCCCCCGCCACCCAGGGAAAAAGUCGUCACCCAAGAGGACCAAGUGGCCGAGAGGAGACCAGGUGCGUGGACACCACCACCAUCCGCGGAGGAAGAGCUCCUCCCCCUCCCACUUCCCCCUUCACACCGGAACUACCUUCUCCGGGGGGAAGGAAUCAGUAUCCCUAUCCAGCCUCACUUUUGGACCAGGUCGCCUCCGUCCUUUGGUAGAAGUGCGAAGGACACAUCACAAAUUCUUUAUUCUCUUCUUUCUCUGCUCAAAAUUCUGAAUAAAUGGAGGCUGGACCUUUUUAUAGCAUUCAUAUCCUUGACUUUUAUCCGUUCCUUGUAAAUAGAAUUAUGGUUA